GCUAUAUAAAACAAAACAAUCCAUCUCCAUUUUCCAACAAAAACAACAUGGAGGUUCGCGAAAUAGCAUACCGUUACUUAACCGAAUUCAACCACACUCCCGUCACUCAAACCAUCGCACGCGCCGUCCAUGCACUCAUUCUCACCUCCGGCUUCAAACCAAACACAUACAUCCUCAACCGUCUUAUCAACAGCUACGGUAAAUCCUCCAACAUCACUUAUGCUCGCAAACUGUUCGACAAAAUUCCCAAACCAGACAUAAUCGCCAGAACCACCAUUAUUUCCGCAUAUUCCUCCUCCGGUAACGUCAAACUCGCCCAAAUCAUCUUCAAUGCCACCCCACUCACCAUCCGCGACACCAUCAGUUACAAUGCCAUGAUCACUGCAUAUUCUCACGGUAAAGAUGGUCACGCCGCACUCAAUCUCUUCGUUCAAAUGAAAAGAAACGGAUUUAAACCUGAAAAGUUUACCUUCUCAAGUGUGCUUGCUGCUCUUUCCAUCAUAGCGGAUGAGGAGUGGCAUUGUCAAAUGUUACAUUGUGAGGUUAUCAAAUGGGGAGUAUUGUCGAUACCUUCUGUUUUGAAUGCGCUUUUGAGUUACUAUGUUCGUUGUGCUUCUUCGCCAUUGGUGAAAUCAUCUCAGUUGAUGGCUUCUUCUAGGAAGGUUUUUGAUGAGGCUCCUAAGAAUCAGGUAUAUGAACCUUUGUGGACUACCAUGAUUAAUGGUUAUGUGAGGAAUGAUGAUCUUGCUGCAGCACGCGAGCUUCUUGAUGGAAUGCCUUAUCCUAUUGAUGUUGCCUGGAAUGCCAUAAUUUCUGCUUAUGUUGGCCGUGGUUUAUAUGAAGAGGCAUUUGACACGUUCAGGAGAAUGCAUUCAAUGGGAAUUCAGGAGGAUGAGUAUACUUACACCAGUUUGAUUAGUGCCUGUGCUUCUUGUAACGAGAAAGUGGGGAUGUUCAAUUGUGGAAGACAGGUGCAUGGUUAUAUUCUCCGGACAGUGGUGGAUCCAUCACAACAUUUUAUUUUGUCUGUUAACAAUGCUUUGAUUACUUUCUACACUAAGCAUGAUAGAAUGGUAGAGGCGAGGCGAGUCUUUGAUAAAAUGCCAGCGAGAGAUAUUAUUUCUUGGAAUGCUGUUUUGUCUGGGUAUGUCAAUGCACGGCGCAUUGAGGAAGCUAAUUCUAUUUUCAGGGAGAUGCCGGAGAAGAACUUGCUGACUUGGACUGUGAUGAUAUCUGGUUUGGCGCAGAAUGGUUUUGGAGAAGAAGGUUUGAAGCUGUUCAACCAGAUGAAGUCAGAGGGACUUGAACCCUGCGAUUAUGCUUAUGCUGGGGCGAUUAGUGCUUGUGGUGUUCUUGGAUCAUUGGACAAUGGACAACAAAUUCAUUCUCAGGUGAUUCAAUUGGGUCAUGAUUCAGGCCUCUCCGCAGGCAAUGCGCUGAUUACCAUGUAUGCAAGGUGUGGUGUUGUUGAAUCUGCUAAAUCUGUGUUUCUCUCAAUGCCUUAUGUGGAUUCAGUAUCCUGGAAUGCCAUGAUUGCAGCUCUUGCACAACACGGACACGGUGUCCAAGCCAUUGAGCUUUUUGAACAGAUGUUGAAGGAAGAUAUAUUGCCUGAUAGGAUAACUUUUCUCACAAUUCUUACUGCUUGCAACCAUGCUGGCUUGAUCAAAGAGGGACGUCAUUAUUUUGAUACAAUGUGUACUCAUUAUGGUAUAACCCCAGGAGAGGAUCAUUAUGCCCGUUUGAUUGAUUUGUUAUGUCGUGCGGGUAUGUUCUCAGAAGCAGACAGUGUAAUCAAAUCAAUGCCUUUUGAGCCCGGUGCGCCAAUUUGGGAAGCUCUUCUCGCUGGUUGUCGGAUUCACGGGAACAUUGAAUUGGGUAUUGAAGCUGGCAGCCGACUCCUUGAGCUUAUUCCACAUCAAGAUGGAACCUACAUAAUCCUUUCCAAUAUGUAUGCUGCUUUAGGUAAGUGGGAUGAAAUGGCCAGGGUGAGAUUACUGAUGAGGGAACGAGGAGUAAAGAAGGAACCUGGUUGUAGUUGGGUUGAGGUCGAAAAUAUGGUCCACGUCUUUUUGGUCGAUGAUGCUAGGCACCCUGAGGUUAAAGCCGUGUACACAUAUCUUGAGCAACUGGUAAAUGAAAUGAGAAAAUUGGGGUAUGUCCCUGAUACAAAGUUUGUAUUACAUGAUAUGGAACCUGAACAUAAAGAACAUGCCUUGUCUACACAUAGUGAAAAGCUUGCUGUUGUUUAUGGAAUUAUGAAACUUCCAUUAGGAGCUACAAUUCGUGUUUUCAAAAAUUUGAGGAUAUGUGGGGACUGCCAUAAUGCAUUCAAAUUUAUUUCCAAAGUGGUGGCACGAGAGAUAGUUGUGAGAGAUAGGGCGAGAUUUCACCAUUUUAGAAAUGGGGAAUGUUCUUGUGGCAAUUACUGGUAGGAAAAGGUUCUGUUUUUUCGGUUAUCAUUGAGGGUUAAUGUCAAAAGUGAUCAAAGAAUUCAUAAUAUAUGAAAUGGAGCCUGGAGCUUCCGCAAUCAGAAAUUCAAAAUCGAGAUUGAUAACAGCCCCAAAAUGAUCUCCAAAAGGUUGAUCAAUGGACACGCCAAAGGCGUUGGAAAGGAUAUCCAUGAUUCUCGGUCUACAGGUGCAGCAAUUCAAUACAGUAUCAUCUGGUUGGUAGCUAUAAUGUUGCAUGCCAUCUCGGUGGACAUGCUUUGGCAGGGUGGAAGGAGCAAUGAGAGGGGCUAACACGGAAGCUACUUUGAUUUGAAAAAGUGACAGAAUUGUGUGCCCUGUUAUCAGCUUUCUGUUUGGUGCUCAUCAAUUUGAAGGUAAGUCCAAAGCACGGCCAAAAACACCAGUAAAUGUCUGAGAAGCUUUAGUUAGGCUCUCUGUAAGCAUGACUUUGGUCAUGUUUAGAUUGACUUCUUUGAGUUUAUUUACUGAAAUAAGCACUUGUGAAUUGUGAUAUAUCCAUAAGCUAUUUUCAGCUUGUUUACAAACACAGCUUGUAACAAAAAAAUAAUUUGAAUUUAUUUUAUCUUUUGUUAUAAAAAAACUUAUACAUAAGCACC